GCUUGAUGGUAAAAAUACCAUUGAAUCUUAUUAAGAAAUGCUCAUCGGAUACACGACUCACCCCUAUUUUCAAACUCCUUAAUGCUUCGAUGGAUUAUGUGUACAUUGAGAUCAGCGGUACUUGACUUUACUGCGUUGUGUGUAGCCUUUCUCAUGCAAUUAUCACAAAAUUCAAUUUCUUUGGAUCUCAUAACAAUAAACUGUUGUUUAAAAACAACGUAUUUGUCGAUUAUUAGACAUCUGUCACUAUGGCUGAUUACGACGACGACGACGAUGGAAUGUGGAACAACAGUGGCGAAGAUGGCAUGGCUGAAGGGAGUCCUGACCAUGAAGAUGAUGAGAUGGGAGACGAGAGCCUACAGCAGGAAUGCCUGGAAACAUUUGCCACCAAAGACUACAUCAUGGAGCCGGGUGUAUUCCUUAUGUUGAAAACGUUCCUGAAGGCAGGAGGGUCCCCCGAAAAGGUUGUGGAAUUGUUAUCUGACAACUACAGUGGCAUCGCCCAGACUGUGAAUCUGCUUGCAGAAUGGAUGAUCCAGGCUGGUGUGGACAUAAAAGAAGUUCAGGAAAUGGUGGAAAACCACCUGAAGGAAAUGAUCAUCCGCACGUUUGAUCCGAAGAAAGCUGACUCCAUAUUCUCAGAUGAGGGAGAGACUCCCAGUUGGUUGGCAGAGAUGAUUCUAUUCCCAACAUGGAGGGAGUUGUUUUAUCGACUUGCAGAGGAAUAUCCGGACUGCCUUCUACUUAACUUCACCAUCAAGCUCAUAUCAGAUGCUGGUUUUCAAGGGGAGAUAACAUCCGUGUCCACAGCAUGUCACCAGAUUGAGGUGUUCUCCCGAGUUCUCCGCACUUCCAUCACAACGUUCCUUGAAGGAGGUGUGGAGGUUAUGGAAAAAAAUCUCCCAGAAUUCACAAAAAUGGUGUGUCAUGGUGAACACACGUACUUGUACAGCCAGGUUAUGAUGAACAUUCUGGCCCAGGAACAGAAGGGUGGCUCCAAUAUCCGCAGAAUCUGUCAGGAGCUCCAGAAAUGUGCUAACGACAGGGGCCUGGACGUUACACCCAUCACUCUAGCACUCAGUGGAGCUGCAGCAUACCCCAGGGCCUGUCAAGCUCUCUCAUCCAUGUUGUCCAAAAAAGCUUUAAAUCCAGCCGACAUUACUAUAUUGUACAAGAUGUAUUCAGAUAACCAGUAUCCACCACCUCCUGUAGACCUUAUCCGUGUGCCUGCAUUUCUAGAUCUAAUGAUUGAAUCUCUAUUUAAAAGUAACGUCCGUUUGAACCAAGAGCAUAAGAGCAAGUAUAUCUACCUGCUGUCUUACGCAACUAGUGUCACUGAAACUUAUAAAAAGGGUGUGAGGAAAAAUAUUGAGAAGAAGGAGCUCAAACCUACGACGCAGGCCUUGGAAAAAGUGCAGGUCCUGUGCUCGCAGAACAAAAAUGCGUCUGAACUGCUUGUUGACGUGGCCACACUGUUCCAGUGCAUAAAGUUUCCAGUGAUAGCCAUAGGCGUGCUAGCUUGGGUCGAUGAAAUUCUCUCAGAUAAGAGCUACUUCAAACUGAACACGGACCACACACCCCUGCAUCUGGUCCUUGUGGACGAAAUUGUAACCAAUCACAUCUUGCUUCAUCAGAAAGCGCUAGAUCUUCUUAUUCGACUGUUUGAAUCAAGUUUCGACGAAUUGGAUGUACUCGUUCGUUUAGAACUGAAGAAGACGGUGUUGGACCGUAUCGUUCACGUGUUUAGUUGUGGGUGUGUACUACCAGUUGUCAACUACAUCCGUGAGAGGCACACACGACAGGACACCGACAUCUCCCUCAUAAGGCACUUUGUGUCAGAGGUUCUUGAUGUGAUUGCGCCACCCUAUACGCAAGAGUUUGUGAACUUGUUUUUGCCACUUAUUGAAAAUGAAGGCAUAACUGGCAAACUGCGAUCAGACGAUGGGAAUGACCCAGUAUCAGAAUUUAUUUGUCAUUGUAAAGCAAAUUAUGCUGCAACAUAAAGCAUUAUUUUAAUAUGAGUCUGCGAUGGCAUGGAUUGAGGACCGAAGAAUGGGAGCAAGAAAUCUGCAACUACUGACAUUUGUAAGGAUGGUUACACCAUUCUUGUUCUUGUCAGUGAAAGUUCAGUUAAUUUAAACAGAUCUCACUCCAAUCCCUCACUGUCAAGAAGAACAUGAGGGCAGAUAUUGUUUAAAAAAUAUGCAUAGGAUGUAAGCAUUUUGUUGCCCAAUAACAUUCAUUCUGGUUGUUGGUACAAAGAGUGUUCAUAUGAGAAAAUUUAAUGGUCAAGGAUUAAGUGCUUUAUAUACUUUCAGCUGCAUAUAAGAGAUCCAUUAAAACUUGCACAUAUGACAUCUGCAUAGUGCUUCAGCGCUUUGCUCUAAACAAAAUGAGUAUCUUUUUUUUCUUGUAGAACAUGCUUGUAGUUUCAGAAUAUUUUUUAUCAUAUUCGAAGUGAUAUUUAUGUUGAUUUUAAAAAAUUUCAGAACACUAGUCACCAUUGGCUCAUUUGGCUUCUGAUAAAAUAAGGAAAGUUAAAUGUAGUGGAGAAUAUUGUAUAUGAUACAUAAAAAUAUCAUUAUAUUUUUUGUACCAGGUUGAACUAAUCUGUUUGUUAUUAAGUCUGUGUUGAUGUGUGGGAAAAGCUUGAUAUUAAAUGGUAAUUAACCCUGUA